AUGCUUGCACCGGUGUACGUCUACAACAUACCCAUCUACAUCGAUACAUUAACAAAAGCACGAGCCUUCAUCAAAAACGGACAUAUCCUCCACCCAUCAAUCCCCACGAAAAACAUAACAGCGGUCGCCGACCUAGGCACAGGAACAGGAAUCUGGCUCGAAGACGUCGCCAAAUGCCUCCCCAAUAACUUAGUCUACCUCCACGGCUUCGACAUCUCAUCCGCGCAAUACCCAUCCGGAAGUGAGAUCCCCCGACCGGGACAUAAUCCUAUUCCGCUGAGCGUACACGACGCACUGCAUCCAUUCCCUACUGAGCAUCAUGGCCGGUACGACCUCGUUCAUAUCCGGCUUUUGACAGCUGGACUGAAGUAUAAGGAUUAUGCAACUGUCUUGGAGAAUGCGAGGGAAUUGUUGAUGCCAAACGGAUACCUCCAGUGGGAAGAAGUAGACCACACAGCCUUCUGCACAAACAGCGUUCCCGAAAAUCCAGCCAUAACCAGACUCCGCCAAUCCGUCAUCGGCGCCAUGCUGAAAUUAGGUCUGUGGCCUUUCGCCCCGCAGCGCGUGCAUGAUCAAGUGUCUGCGGGUGGGUUUCGGGAUAUACAGCGUGUUACAUAUACGGCUGUUGGGAAUAAGGGAAUUAGGGGUAUUUCGCAGAAAUGGGUUGCUGGUGUUAUGCGGGCUCUCGUGCCUGCUUCUAUGGUUGUUACUGGGGAGGCUGGGAAUGAGGGUCAGGCUAAGGAGGUUGUUGAGAGGUUGGUUGAGGAGUUUGAUGAUCAUUGUCUUGGGGCUAGGGUUCUUGUCAAUUUUGGGGUUACUGUUGGUAGGAGGUGUGAUUGA